ACCAUUUGAGGCGACUCAGACAGUCGUUAUAGCUAGUUAGCUAAGUGUAGUAGUGACAUUUUCAAUUUUGCUGUUACCACAUCCGAUUUAUGAUGCCAUGGUUGUCCUCAGAGAUGGCAUGUGUCCUGGAUUGGAUGAGGAAUUGAUACAAGCACUACGAGCAGAAGAUGUCAAAACCGUGGAAGAUUUGGUGUCAUCUGACACUGAAGAUCUGUCACAAAAAUGCUCCGUGUCUUAUAAGGCUUUAUUGGCCGUGCGCAGGGUUCUACUUGCACAACACGCAGCCUUUCCUGUCUCAGGUGCUGAUCUGUAUGAGGAACUGCUGAGUUCCACUGCCAUCCUGUCCACUGGCAAUCCAAUGCUUGAUAAAAUGCUAGACUCAGGUUUGUACACUGGGGAAUUAACAGAGCUGGCAGGAGGCCCGGGAAGUGGUAAAACCCAGGUGUGUUUUGGUGUAAUAUUGAGUAUAUCUUACCAACUAAAACAAAGUGUGGUAUAUAUUGACUCCACUGGAGGAAUGUCUGCUAGCCACUUACUUCAGAUGUUACAAGCGAAAUCCUGUAAUAUGGAGGAACAGAUGGAGACGCUACAGAGAAUUCAGAUUAUCCGCUUGUUUGAUGUAUUUUCCUUACUUGGCUGUCUACAUAGUCUGAGAUGCGGUGGUCUACAGCAGGCUUCUCUUGGUGGGGGCUCAGUCAAAGCAGUGAUAGUGGAUUCAGUGUCAGCCUUAAUCUCUCCCAUACUGGGAGGCAAACAUAAUGAAGGCAUGUCAUUAAUGAUGCAAGUUGCUGGAGUUCUGAAAACUAUAGCCAAGGACUUCAAUGUAGCAGCUUUGGUGACCAACCACACAUCAAGAGAUGGCAGCGGGCAGCCGAAAGCUGGAUUGGGUCUAUCUUGGAGUCAUGUACCUAGAACCAGAGUUUUACUUGAGCGGGUGGAGAUGCCUGGCUCCUCAUGUUCUAGCCUACGCACUGCAACUUUAACUAAGUCUUCUAGACAGCCAUGUCUUCUCAAAACAGAGUUUGACUUACAGUGCUGGGGCAGGCCAGAGGAUAUGACUGCUGUGUCUGGAAAAAGAAAGCUGGAGAACUAAUAAUGCUUAAUAUCAAACUGAAGAGGUUUGCAGAGAUGCCUGUAUGUUGACUAUAUAUUCUAGCUAAGAAUGUCUGUUUGGAAAUCAACUGAGGCCCCAGGGGCUAUGUAAUACUUUAUAUACUACAAAUAUA